CCAGACGUGUAGCUAGCUAGCUACAGAGUGAUUAUUUUACAAUGGCCAAUUUCGACACGGAAAGGUUCAUAAUUGAAGUUGAAAAUAGAAGAGGUUUAUGGGAUUUAGCAUCAAAUGAUUACUCCAAUAAAGAUUUUAAGCGGCAGUUGUGGCUUGAAGUGGUCGAUAUAUUUGGCGGUGAAUCCAUGGAAGAUAAAGAAAAGGCAGAACUUGGCAUUACUCUCCAAAAAAGAUGGAAAAACCUUAGAGACUGUUUCACAAGAGAGCUGCGCCGUCUUAAAGAUGUCAAAAGUGGUUCUGCUGCAAAACGUAAAUCACAAUACACCUAUUUCAACCAAUUACUGUUUUUGAAAUCAGUGCUGGACACAAACGCAACAGAAAAUAGUCUCGAAGAGGCAAGUCAAGAAAAUGAAAGUGCAAGAUCUUCUGAUCUUGAGACUCAACAGUCUGCAUCAAAGUCGCUUAGAACAAAAAGGAAGAAAAAAAUGCCAAACGAAGAAUCCGAUACAGACCCUCUAAUUUCAGUUCUGCAUAAGACCAUAGCGACUACACAGAAUGAUUCAAAUUGUGACAGACUGUUUCUUUUAUCCCUCCUCGAAAGAUUUCAAACAAUCCCUGCUGCAAUGAAGACCAAAGCGAAAAUGGAAAUCAUGGAAAUUAUAGAAAAAUACCAACCGAACUGUACACCUACAACAGCGCGCAUAAACUAUUCAAGUAAUUUCAAUACUCGUAACGACCAAGAAUAUGACCCGCAUCGACCGAGUUAUUCAGGUUAUUCUACUACCAACAGGAUAUCAGAUGAUUCAAAUUACAGCGAUACUCAUACUCAUUAUUCUGAUAUUUCUCAAAAUUCAGAAAUGAUAGACCUAUUUCCCAAUUUGGAUGAUUAA